AUGUCAGGUAAUCUCACAUUUGUGUCAUACCAUGAUAUGAGUGAUCGGUCGCGGCGUAUCCGAUUGCGGAGAGCCUGCAAUGAGUGUCGGCGCAGAAAGAGGCGAUGCAAUCACCAGCUGCGAACGUCUUCUGGAGGCUCUUCUUCCCCUUCACAUAACUUGGUGUGGACGGAGUCGCAAACAGUCUCUCAAACUAAUGAUUCGGGUGCAGGGUCCCGGAUACAGUGGACAAACGCCCAAGAGCUAUCCCCAUCACCGAGCUCUCGGCCAGUUCAAGGUGAACAAGACCAGCCGUCUCCACAUCGGCCGGAAGAGCCAGAACAACAACGACAACGACAACAAAACCAAACACAAGAAUCAUUAAGACUCGAUGCUCAUGCUAGUCCGCACACAACACGCUUCGUUGGUGAUUUGAACCCAGAGGCUAGACUCUUGGGUGAAACCACCACCCCCGAAGAUGCGCAGGAAAUGGCACCGGGAGAAGUUGGCGUUUGGGUUCAGCCACGACGCUCCAGCAAAUGUGCCCCAGGCGGCGAGGGAUUGCCCCAAGCAGGAGCAGCAGUUAUAUCUCCUUCGAGAAACUCUAAGCGAUCUCAUCCACCGGUCUCGGACAUUUUGCCCCAUAGAACUAUUAAAGCACUAUCCGAUAUUUACUUUGCGAACAUCCAUCCGAUGAUUCCCCUUCUCGAUGAAGCGGAGUACUGGCAACAAAUGUCCCGGGGCACGAUUCCUUCGCCUUUGGUACAUGUUGUGUGUCUUCUGGCGGCCAAAGAUAACACGGCUGGGCAACAUCUGAAGCUUAUACAGUCCAGGGACGCUGUAGUACCGGUCCGUGAAUUCUGUUGUCAGCUAUAUGUAUCUCUCUCGACUGUCCUCUCGCGGCGCACCACAUUAGAGAAGACCACUCUCAUCCGCAUCCUUGGCCUGUUGUCUCUGCACCAGGAAGGAAAUGAGGGCAUGGAUGAAUCAUCCAGCUGUAUUGCUCAAGCCAUGCAUUCGGCUCAGUCUCUGGCUCUACAUUUGCCGCGACCCAACGACGUUAGGAAUGAGUUAAGGAGGAUCUUUUGGUGUCUUUGGAUCCUGGACCGGCUGAAUGCCGCGACGAACUCACGACCUUGCGUCAUGGCCGACAUCGAUAUAGCAGUCCCCGACCUGACACCGGAGGAGUCUGGCUCUGUCGCGUUUGAUGUCUGCUUUCGAAUUGCUAAAAUCCUCAAUCAAGUUAUUGCUCUUUAUCGACCCACGGCGAAGGACCCUGCAUCAGGGUGGGAUACAGACUUUCCGGGGUUUGAACAGGUCAUGGAUGAAAUGCAUGCCUGGCAACUUUCUUCCUCCACAAUCGCCACAUUGCAUAUCUUCUACCUCGCCACUGCAAUCCUCGCACACCGCCUCAAGACCAUCACUACAUUACCCUCACCCACACCAGCCAGGCUGCGACAACAGCUUUCUGCAAUCCAAGUGAUCCGGUACAUGCAGGACUCCGAUCGACUAGAUGCGUUGCAUCCAUUUCCGGUUGUGGUGUAUGCCGCCUCUCUUGCCCUAUCUGUCUCUUAUCAGCAGCUGCGAUAUAGUCGUUUGCCCGGCGAGCAGGAAGACGCCCGGCAUGACUUUAACACCGGCUGCGAUAUCUUGCAGGAGCUACGACUCAAAUGGGUCUCUGCCGAUGCAAUGGCAUCCUUGGCGCAUCGAAUAUCCGCCGCACUCGACCAGCUCCCAAGCCUCGACGUACUGCGAAUCAACCGUUCCGAUAUCGCCGAGAGAGAUAACACUCUUACCGACAGGCAAGGGAUGACUGGAGAUGUAGUUGAGGGAGCGGAUUCUCAAUCGUCGGCAGAUGUGCCAAUGGCUAACCGCCCAACUGAUUUCCAAGCUACCCAACCUCACCUGGAAACUAUGGACUUGUUUUCUGGUAUGGAUGAUGUUUCUUGGAUGUAUCUGGAUGCGGAGAAUCCUGUUAGCUUUGAUGUUUUCCCUUUAAUGAAUUUCGAGGCGCCAUAUACUUCCUGGUAG